GAAUCGAACAGUCCCUGUGUGUUGUUUUCAUGGCUCUCUUCCCGGCAGAGAUGGUUUACAUUAGGCGGGUUUGAGCUUUCCUUUUCGGUGUGUUACAGCAGGAGGAGGUGGAAGAGGGUGGGAAGGAUCCAGAAAGACUUAUUCUAAUCUCUGGCAUUAGAAUCAUUUUUCUUUUUUAGGAAUUUGCUCAUUGAAAAGUGAUGACCUGAUGUGGGACACAUUGGACACAUUGUAUGACCCCAAAUGUUGGGUUUGAUUGAAGCACACCAGGAAAAAACUCUGAAAAGGCAGAUUAAUUUCACACAAAUUGACCAACACAAUGUGCUCAAUGAACCAUCCAGCUAACUGGGUUACAUUCGAAGAUGAAGGCACCCCCCAGUCCUCACCACAGAAAAGCCUGCAGUCUCCUUCAUCAAGUUCUGGGUCAAUACCUCGACCAAAUGGCUUGAAAUUGGUGCUGCCUCCUUUGGGCAGUUCAGCAAGGAGGUUGUCCAAUCCACUGGAAUCUCCCCAAAUGCACUUUAGCUUCAAUGGGAGCUCAUGUGUGCCCAGCAACACUCCGAUGUGCACUCCAGUAAGGGAAACCCCAACCGGUCCGUCUCCCUUUAACUGCGACUCUCUCAGACCACCUCAUGUCUUUAGGAGUUUCUCCAACACUUCGACGAAUAUCUCUUCUCCUGAGAGACGGUCGUCUUCUGAGGCAUCCACUUCCUUCCCAGCGUUCCAAGAUGAUCCGGGUCAGGUUAACCUAUUUCUGGGUGAAAACAAGCAUAAGAGAGAUUCUGGAAGUUCCUCGUCAGACUCCGAGCCUGGCACAAGCUUGCCUCGCUUCUUUAUCCGGACCAAGGAUGGUUACGAACCACCCCGGGACCAACUUCAAAACUCCUACUCGUACAUCUGCCAUAAGCUAGAGCGGUUAAAGGCAAAGGAGGACCAAGACCAAGAGAGAGAGGAAGGAGAUUCGGAUAUAAGCAAACUAAAGGAUAUUGAUGCAGGAAGAGGUUCUUCUUCCUUUGUUCCACAGGGACUGUUCCUCAGCCAGAGGAGGCACGGCUGGCCAUUAAUGCUGAGGAUCCCAGAGAAAAAGAACCGUAUGUCAUCCCGCCAGUGGGGCCCUAUAUACCUACAGUUGCUCCCAGGAGCCGUGCUCCAAAUGUAUUAUGAAAAAGGCUUGGAGAAACCGUUCAAAGAGUUCCAGCUGAGUUCCAGUUGCUCUCUUUCAGGCCCAAAGCUGGAAAGCUAUGGCGAGCCACGAAAAAUUGCGACUUUGAAGAUCGAACAUGUGUCAUAUGUGGAACGAAAGCGCUACCACCCUAAACCCGAGGUGACACAUGAAGCUGAAGUGGAGCAGCUGCUGAAGUUUGGCACAACAGAGUUCAGAGACAUGGAGGACUUGCUGGUGUCUCUUGAGGAGGAGCUGAUGAGAUUACCAGGUCCCCUCAAGCAACAAAAACAUUACGAGGAGCAAGAGUUGUCCUUGCAGAUUGCAGACCAUAUCUGGAUGCGAGUAGAUAAGGAUGGAGCCACGCUGGAACGUGCGGCCAUCACACGGCUCCACUGCCUGGCCUUCAUAAAUGGUGCAGCUGAAUGUUUCCUGGCGUUGAAUGACCUUGGACUUCUGAGAAAAGACUCUAAUUAUGGCUCUGAAGAGGAUGAAGUGUGGAUGGAGAUCGCUGACUACCAGUUUCACAAGUGUGUGAGAGAGGCUGAAUUCGAAGACACUAGGUUGAUUAAGUUCUCGCCACCGGAUGCCUGCAGGGUUGAACUCGGGCGCUACAAGACGGUAUCGCUGAACUGUGGAGAGUUGCCUUUCUCAGUGAAGGCUACGGUCACCGUUCAAGGUGCCUACCUGGAGCUACAAGCCUUUCUCAAUAUGCAGUCAUCCUUCCCCUCACUGGGAGCACAUACAGAAACGCUUUGUGAAAACGUGCUAAUCCAGGUACCGCUGCCUGGGGAUUGGGUCAAAGUGCCUCGCACCAUCUCGCUGCUCUGGCAGAAAUCUAUCAAGGCCCGCAUGAACAGAAAUGCCUGCCUGGGCUCAGUAAACGUCACAGAUUCUCAUCCUGUCAUGCAAGUGACUGUUGGUACUGUCAAGUAUGAGAAUGUGUACGGAGCCAUUGUUUGGAGGAUUGACAAGCUUCCCGCUAAGAACAUGGUAGACCAUCCCCAUUGCUUCUCCUGUAAGCUGGAGCUGGCGUCGGACCAAGAGAUCCCGACUGACUGGUUCCCGUUCAUCACCAUGGAGUGUGAGGUGGCAGAUACGGUUGCUUCUCAAACCAGGGUGAAGUCUUUGGGAACAGAAAGUGACAUUCAGCCUCAGAAACACAUCAGCUAUAGGGCUUUCUAUCAUUGCCAGGUGGAAAUCGAAAAAAAGCUAAUUGAGGCAGAAUCACAGAAAACAUCAAGCUGUGCAACACAGUGAUCCAAAAUGUGGAUUCAUGUUUCAGAAGAAGAAAAAAAAAAAAAGACUUACAUACUCGCACUAAUGAAUAAUCUGCAUGCACUUACAACAGACACAUGAAAUGUUCUUAGUCUUUACUCUGGUCUUUUUUUUUUUUCCCCAGGUUAAGAUCAGCACACAUAGCUCAACAAUAUAAAACAAACAAAAACAAUAUAUGGAUUUAUAUUAACCAUUAAAUUAAUUACUACAAUUUGUAAUGCUCUGCCAGUGCAAUGACCGUUAAAAACCUGUCCAGUAUUUGCACUUUAGCCUAUUAUACAUUGCAAGAUUUCAGAGGGAUAAGAUGCAUAUUAAGCCCUAUUAUUACAUACAGAGCACUAUUCACAUUUAAGAUUAUUUAACAAUGUGGGUUAUUAAAUUACAUGUGUAUGUGAUGUAAGCAAUGAAUAACAAUUUCCUGUAAAAUAAAACUGGCUAAGUAUAUGCUA